AUGGAACUCAACCGAGAACAUUUUCGGGCCAUAAUUUAUUACAACUUUCAGAGACAAUUAUCGCAACAAGAAUGCCUUGCUGAGUUACUAUGUGGUUUCGACAACGAAGCGCCACAUCAGUCGACAAUUCUUAGCGACGAUCCCAGGGAAAACGUCGAUGCUGUGCGCAAACUCAUUAUUGAAGAUAGACAUGUGACAUAUCGCGAGAUUGAGGCGUCUUUGAAGAUCUCAAAGACAUCAAUUCAAAAAAGUUUACAUGAAGAAUUAGGAGUAAGAAAAGUUUCUCGUUGGAUACCCCACCUAUUGACUGAAGAGCAGAAAGCAGCCAGUGUUAAUUGGUGUCAAAAAACGCUUGACCGUUUCAAUUCCGGAAACUCAAAAAAUCUGUAUAGCAUUGUUAGUGGUGAUGAAUCGUGGAUUUACUGUUACGAACCAGAAAAUAAACGACAGUCGGCUCCAACAAAAGUCAUCCGUUCUCGAAGUGUUUUGAAAAAGAUGGUCGCGACAUUAGUGUCAAAAGCGGCUCAUAUUGCUACAAUUCCUCUUAAUGAGCAAAUAACUGUUACUGCGGAUUGGUAUACCACCAUUUGUUUGCCAAAAGUCAUCACCGAGCUUCGAAAAAUCAACCCUGAAAGAAGAAUCAUCCUCCACCAAGACAAUGCAAGCUCGCACACAGCCCAAAAAACAAGGCAGUAUUUAACGGAAGAAAACGUGGAAUUAUUGGAUCAUCCUCCAUAUCGUCCCGAUGUAAGUCCUAACGAUCUCUUUACUUUCCCGAAAAUUAAAAACAGACUGCGUGGUCAAAGGUUCCAGUCACCAGAAGGGGCAGUUGACGCAUUCAAAAAUGCCUGGAAAAAACAAUAA